AGCCCUGUUCGCUUCUCUCCCCGCUUGCCUGGUGGGUGUGUCUAGCCACAGAGCCCGGAUGUUGGGUGUGGUAUACAUCAUCAAUAUGGCGGAUGGAGAGGCAAGGAGAAGGGAGUCUGCAAAGAAUUCCGACUCUUCUUGCGCAGCUCCCUUUCUCCGAACGAGAAGAAAGUCCUCCAAAUACCAAGGGGACAAGAGUACAGACUCAUCUCCACAAAAACAAAUCACAAGAGGACUUCCGGAGAAGAGGACACGGCGGUCAGUAGCAGCGGCCGUCGCCAGAGAGGACCACUCAACGUCGCUCCAUCCGUGCAGCACAGAGCAGGACAAGCCUCAGGUGAGUGUCUUACUAGUACAUUGUCAGGGACGUCUCUUACCUGUGUAGACAUAAAUAGGUUCACCUCUUACCCUUACAUAUACAUCAUUAGUGUCACCCUCUCACAGUCACCUCUCAGGAUGGACUUUUGCAUCCACAGAUGUCUUGCAUGUAUAUUUGUAUCACCUCAAUAACAUUUUCUACUGUCCUCAGUGCAUACUGCAUAGGUUUCAGUG